AUGAGAAAUCUUGAAAGACAAGUAGGACAAUUGGCCAGACAAGCUGAAAGACCAACCAAUGUUUUCCCAAGUGAUACCAUUCUAAAUCCCAAAGAAGAAUGCAAAGCAAUUCAACUCAUGAGUGGAAGAACAUUGGAGGAUGAUAAGGUUAGAAGUAAGAAGGAAGUGGCAAUUGAAAAGAAGGACCAGGAAGAGCUCAGGAAGAAGGAUGAAGAGCCACAAGCUUCAAAGAAGGGAAAGCAAGUUGUGGAGGAGCAUUCACAAGAACAGAGGAAGGAAGUGAAGCCUUACACUCCUCCUCUGUCAUACCCUCAAAGGUUGCAAAGAGAACUCAAGGACCAGCAAUUUCCCAAGUUCCUUGACAUUUUUAAGAAGCUGAAAAUCAACAUUCCCCUUGCUGAAGCUCUAGAACAAAUGCCAUUGUAUGCAAAAUUCCUCAAAGAGCUCAUCAAUAAGAAGAGAAACUGGAAUGAGAAGGAGACAGUGGUCUUAACCCAAGAAUGCAGCGCAGUAAUUCAAAAAGGCCUCCCACCCAAAUUCAAAGAUCCUGGGAGUUUCUUUCUGCCUUGCACCAUUGGCAAUAUUUCUAUUGAUAAGGCAUUGUGUGAUUUAGGAUCAAGUAUCAAUCUGAUGUCCUUAUCUAUGAUGAGAAAGUUCUUUAUAGAAGAAGUGAAACCUAUAAGGAUGACCUUGCAACUUGCUGAUAGAUCGAUGGUAAUCCCUAAUGGAGUGGUUGAGAAUCUCUUAGUCAAGGUGGGUAAGUUCAUAUUUCUAGCAGAUUUUGUGAUCUUGGAUCUAGACGAAGAGGGAGGCGAUUCUAUCAUAUUAGGAAGACAUUUCUUAGCCACAGCAAGGGCCAUCAUUGAUGUGGAGAAAGGAGAAAUAACUUUGAGAGCACAUAAUGAGCAAAUCACUCUAAGUGUCUUUAAGGAGAUGUAG